GCAGCGCGUGAAAGUGAAGCUCAUACGCGCGAUUAGAAAGUUAUAGAAUUUUAAUAAAAUAUUUUUUACAUGUUGUUAUUCAACAGAAACAAACUUAGUAAUUAAGAAAUGUGUGGAUGUACGCCUGCAAUUGGGAAAAUCUAUCUUCCUGUGAUAUUUAUUGUAGUGUUAAACACGCUUGUGUCGCCGAGUAAUAGCCAUUUAACGCCCAGAAAUAUAGCCCACCACAAUUAUCCAGUGGAGGAACACUUAGUCCACACCAGCGAUGGAUACUUGCUUAACAUUUAUCGCAUACCAGCCCCCGCUCAAUCACUACCCAUCGAAAGAAACAAAGUGGUACUACUACAGCACGGUUUUACACUCUCCUCCGAUGUUUGGCUGUUGCGCGGCCCCAGCGCCGAUCUGCCCUAUCUACUGGCCGAUGCCGGCUAUGAUGUUUGGCUGGGCAACCACCGCGGAAAUCAUUAUGGGCGCAGACACAGCAGCUUAGAUCCCAACAUCGACACACACCACUUCUGGAACUUCACUUGGCAUGAGAUGGGUUACUAUGAUCUAGCCGAUACGGUGGAUUAUAUACUCGCGCAAACUGCGCAAGAAGCAUUGCACUAUGUGGGUUACUCACAAGGCGGAAUGGUUGCGUUGGUGCUCUUGGCAACACGUCCCGAGUAUGCGUCGAAAUUUAAAACGUUGCAAUUUACUGCGCCCACCAUAUAUAUGAAUGAUAUCUACGUACCGCUGCUGACCACUUGGAGCUACAAACUAGUGGAAUAUUUCGGUAGUUUAUUGGACUGGUGGGGCUAUGCUGAAAUGUUGCAUUUUGGGCGUUGGAGUGCGCAUCAGCGGUUGUGCAAGACGUUAUGUGACGACGGUGGGUGGUUGAGGUCGGUCUACAUAAAAAUAUAUGGCUUGAUCGCAGGUAAUGUGGAUGCAGAUGAGAAUUAUGAGCAUAUUCUGACCGACAUGUGUGGCACGGUUCCCGUGGGUGCUUCGAACAAACAGCUGCUGCAUUAUAUUCAAUUGCACCCCUCCGAUGGCUUCCAGCAAUUUGAUUACGGCAGUGCGGUUACAAAUCUACGUCGAUAUGGUCAACCUUCACCGCCCAUCUACAAUUUGAGUUCUAUUAAAAAUUGUGUAACGAUCUACUAUAGCGAAACGGAUUUUAUGUGCCCAGCGAAAGGUGUACGUAGGCUUGGCAAGGAGCUACAAUGCGCGGAAUUGUAUCAAAUGCCUUAUGCGGCUUGGAAUCACGGCGACUUUGUAUGGUCCCGACAUGUGCGAGAGGCAUUACAUGAACGUAUCAUAGCGAAGAUAAUUGGAUGGGAGGAAAAUGAGGAGCAGGAAAUUAUGAAUGCGUAAAAUUAACAAAAAUGUAUGUAGUAACUAACAUAUUAGAACAAAUAAUGGUUUAUCUAAGUGCGUAUGUAUGUAGAUAUGUAUUGUAAAUAGUAAAUUUAUAUGUAACAUUUAUUUUUAUUGUUUUAGAUUUUUAUUGAAUUUGA